AUAAGGAAGUGAGUACAUGAGUGUAGUAGACUGUAGUAAUCAGAGUAAAAAUACUUGUAACAGAAUGAAUGAUCGUGAACUAGAUCUCACAGAAGCUCAAAAAGCCACCAAGGCCAAAUACCCCGCAAUCAAUAAGAAAUAUGAAUAUCUGGACCACACUGCAGAUGUCCAGCUGCACUCUUGGGGUGACUCCCUGGAGGAGGCGUUUGAGCAAUGUGCCAUGGCGAUGUUUGGCUACAUGACUGACACUGAGACAGUAGAACCCAUCGAUUCCAUGAAAGUUGAAUCAGAAGGUGAAGAUCUAGAAUCACUCCUCUUCCAUUUCUUGAAUGACUGGCUUUUUAAGUUCAGCGCUGAUGCCUUCUUCAUCCCUCGGGAAGUGAAAGUGUUGCAUGUGGACCGGACGCACUUCCGAAUUCGCUCCAUAGGGUGGGGAGAGGAGUUCAACCUGGCCAAACACCCACAGGGCACAGAAGUGAAAGCCAUUACUUACUCAGCCAUGCAGAUACAAGACACAGAAAAGCCGGAGAUCUUCGUCAUCAUCGAUAUUUGAGAGGAUUUUUUUUGUUUGUUUUUAGCUUUUUUAGUGCGUUUGAAGCUUGCUCAUCAGGUGAUUUUGAUGCCGUAUCUGAUUGCUGAGUGAAUCUUUAUAGGAGAGGGAAGAGAUACAUGUUUUACUUUUUUUGAGUUGUGUUGAUCAUUUUGUUAACACUACUGUAAAUGUACGAGUCCUAACUUUGAGACCUGAUGAUAAUGGACUUGUACUUCAAAUUAUAAAUUUCUCAAAAAACAUGGUUUAUGACUCAAUCCAAUGUUUACAUCUGUAUAUACAUAUAGUUAGUCACUGAAAUGUAUUUAUUGUAUCCAGCUUUAUUUUCCUCAAUACUCAAUAAAUA